AUGUCUGGUGAUUCCUCAAGGGAUCACCAAGUUGUAGAAUACCUGAAGAAUCUGAUGGUUGAGGAGAUCAGCAUGCCUAGUGAGGUUGCUGGUGAUGAUCUCCAGAUGGACAUGAGCCAAUCCAAUGACUGGAAGCCCAGCGCUGGUCCUACUGCGCAGAUCCAUCAUCUCCCAGCCUUCUCAGGCAGACCAGCACAACAACAAGCAAACAGACGCAGACCUGUCAAGGCCACUGGCUCCCGAGUGGUUGAUGAGGUUCCGGUAGAGAGCGAUGCUCAGAGCACACCUGACAAAGUGUCCGUGUCACAGCCCCCGCCAGCCAUUCUGCCACGCAUCGGCUUGCUUGCAAGGGAUGCAUUCGAGGGCUCGCUGGACACUGUAUCCGUCAUGGUGCGGAGCGCGUUCUCAGGUAUCCGUUACCCGCUGCAGUUCAUAUUGGUUCUUUACCUGAUGAUGUACAUUUUGCUAUGUGCUUUCACCGUUUUCUAUGAACGCCUUGCUGCGAUGGUCUGUAACCAGCCAGCGCUCUCAUAUGUGCCUCGAGCGUAUGGCUUCUGCAAUGAAAGUGUUCUACCUCCCCCGUCGGUGCCCUUGAACUUCACCCAAUCAGCUGAGGCGCAGGAGCAGUUGGGUAUGGUUUCCAGACAAGCGGGGGAAGGCGCAAAUCUGGCGUUUCAGAUCAAGAGCAAUCAACAUGCCGUCAGAGACCUUGCUAUGCGGGUGCGCCUUAGUGAUUUGGACAAUGGAGAAGCUAUCACACAACAAUUGGGUCAGGUUAUCUACACCUCGAAGCCCUUGGUUAGAGUACGGAACACUGUCAUUGCAAGGGACAACUAUGCUCUGAAGACGCUCAACUCCAUCCAGGCGCUACGGCACUCUCCGCUUGUCAUCCUACUGACACUAAUCGACCCAUUUGGUGUUCUACGGUCCCACACUAUUCUGGCCGCGGACGAGACAGAGCUGCGACGAAGUUUUGUUCAAACUGUCGAGUCCAUCGCCGAGAGCAUCCCCAUCCUCGUUGAGAACGCCGAGGGGCUGCUGCAGGAUCUAGACAUUCUGGAAGAAGCACACAACGCCAUUUCCGAUCUCACAUCGCCCAAUGACAUACCAGCGCGGCAACGCGACAUCCUGACGAGGCUGUGGGACAGCCUGACUGGCGAGGAUGCCAAUUCGGCUCUUCUCAAAGAUCUCACCAAGUAUUACAAGCAGGCAAGGCUUGUGGUUACCGCUGUGAUGGUCACACUGCGGGACAUGCAAGACAAUAUGGAAGAAUUUAGGGACAUCCAUAAGAAACAGGUAUUCCUAGAUAGUAAUACCCCGCUCGAGGUGCAUAUGGGAGAAAUCCGUCGGGCGGUAGACUCCUUGAACCAGCAGAUGCCGACCUUAGAUGGGAGACAGACAUGGUUUCGGCAGGGAAUCCAGCCUGAAUUCAUCUAA